ACGAGGGAAGGGGUACCAAUCCACGAAAGCGAUCCCAUAAAGCCAACUUCGAGAAUCCAGACAAAGUAUUAAUGCUUCUCAGACUCCGCCUGGGUGCCAUGAACGGUGCCACCGCCAUUCUGUCUUCAUCAUCCCUAACCCUAAAAAACCCUAGGUUACUAGAGUCUUCGCACACAAAGCUGAUCAGUGGAGUUUCCUUCAAGAAUAGUCCCUUUCUUCCCACUCGCUUUGCCGGUGUCUCUAUCCGUUGCUUCGCUUCAGCCACCAUGGCUGUUGAUAAAAUCCGAGUUCAAAACUCCAUCGUCGAAAUGGACGGCGAUGAAAUGGCCAGGAUCAUAUGGAAAAUGAUCAAAGACAAGUUGAUAUUUCCAUAUUUGGAUUUGGAUAUAAAAUAUUAUGAUUUAGGGAUAUUGAAUCGUGAUUCUACUGAUGAUAAAGUUACCGUGGAAAGUGCUGAAGCAACUCUUCAGUACAAUGCUGCUGUAAAAUGUGCUACAAUUACCCCUGAUGAGACCCGAGUCAAGGAAUUUGGGCUGAAGUCUAUGUGGAGGAGUCCUAAUGGCACAAUAAGAAACAUUUUGAAUGGUACCGUUUUCCGUGAACCUAUCAUAUGCAAGAACAUUCCAAGACUCGUUCCUGGUUGGAAGAAACCGAUUUGCAUAGGUAGGCAUGCCUUUGGUGAUCAGUAUCGUGCCACUGAUAUGGUCAUUAAAGGGCCUGGAAAGCUCAAAAUGGUGUUUGUCCCAGAAAAUGAAGAAACCCCUGUGGAGCUUGAAGUUUAUGAUUUUAGAAGCCCCGGCAUUGCACUCGCUAUGUACAAUCUAGAUGAGUCUAUUAGAGCUUUUGCUGAAUCCUCAAUGGCAAUGGCAUAUGGCAAAAAGUGGCCUCUUUACUUGAGCACCAAAAAUACAAUUUUGAAGAAAUAUGAUGGCAGGUUCAAGGAUAUAUUUCAGGAAGUAUAUGAAGAAAAUUGGAAGCGGAAGUUUGAAGAACAGUCAUUGUGGUAUGAGCACCGGUUGAUUGAUGACAUGGUGGCGUAUGCUCUUAAAAGUGAGGGCGGAUAUGUUUGGGCAUGCAAGAACUAUGAUGGAGAUGUCCUAAGUGAUUUACUUGCUCAAGGAUUUGGUUCUCUGGGCCUCAUGACCUCUGUUUUGUUAGCCUCUGAUGGGAAGACAUUCUUAUCUGAGGCAGCUCAUGGAACUGUAACCCGUCAUUUCCGACAGCAUCAAAAGGGACAAGAAACCAGUACAAACAGUAUUGCUUCCAUAUUUGCAUGGACACGAGGACUGGAACACAGGGCCAAACUUGAUAAGAAUGGAAAGUUGUUGGAUUUUGCUCACAAGCUAGAGGCUGCAUGCAUCGAGACAGUGGAGACCGGGAAAAUGACCAAGGAUCUUGCCAUUUUGAUCCAUGGACCCAAGGUUUCAAGGGAGUUCUACCUGAACACAGAAGAGUUCAUUGAUGCCGUCAAACAGAAUUUGGAGUCUAAGCUUCGUGCACCUACAUUACAAAGUAGUCUGUAGUUUUAGGAGAGAGUUAUUAAGGAAAACUUAACAAGGUGGGGAACAUUGCUGGUGGAAUAGGGCCAUGAACGGCAACUAUACAUAUCUGCUUGCUUGUGAAGGGGGAGUAUAUUGCAAGCUGUGCUUGAGAACAUUUUAUGAUCCGAGUUUCUGUUGUCUUGCUGAAAUCUUUGUUUUGAAAGGACAAACUAUAGAUGAUGUUGGCAAGUGGGGUUGAGCAGCAAUUAGAAGUUGAUUUCAAUAGCACCCUUUUCUGCCAUUGUUAGGGUUUUUAGAUAGUGCAUCUUAAUGCAAUUUUUUAUACUUAAGGCAAAUGGUAUGUUACUAUUGCGGUUUAUUUUUUUGCAAAAGUUUAUGUUCACAAUGCAUGUCUUUUUCCG